AUGGGAUGCGCAGCUGGAUAUUCUCUUUAAUAAGAUUAAGAUUAAUCUAUUUAACUCAGACAUGAUUAAAUAUUAUUAUUAGAUAGUCCUAUAAAAAACUUAUACUAACCUAAAACAAUCGAAUCAACCUCUAAUUGUAAAUCACUUUAAAGAUGUGAUGAAGAUGAUGAUUUAGAGAAUGUUUUUUCAGAAUGUCUUAAAUUGGAGGAAGACUUAAUAAAUACAAAUAUAAGAAUUCUUAAGAAGAAUGAAAAAUAAUUAUAUGAUCAUAAUGAAAAUUCAUAAUCAAAUACAUUUUCUCAGACAUCUAUAUGUCUUAAUAUAAGACGAAAUCUAUUUUUAAAUAAUUACAAAUAUCAAGAUAAGAAUGACUAUAUUCCUAAAAGCAUUUUGAAAAGAAAGCGGUUAAAAGAUGGUAAAAUAAUUUUAGGCAAGAUAAGAAGCAAGAUAACACAAUAAAAGGUUGUGAGAUUUAGUAAAUGUUAUAUAAAAGUGAUGCCAGACAUCUUAACUUCAAAGAACAUUAUUAAUGUUUAAUAAUUAAUUGAGAAAUGA